UGGGGGAGGUGCUGCCUCCUAAUCCCAACUUGCCCUACGUGCCGACCAGGCGCGUCAGUCGCGCGAGAGCCUUCGACGUGUGGAGGUGUCUCCCCGCGCUCCGCGUGCGUUACCGCCGCUCUCUCUUUUUCUCUCUCUCAGACACACGCGCGCACACACGACACCCACAGACACACAACUCGGCACACGCAAGUAACAACACGCUCUUCCCCGUCUCUCCCCCCCUCUCCCCCGAGCCCGCACGACGACGACGCAUCACUGCCACAAGCAUAAUAAUAGUUGCAUGAUUACUGCCGGAAUUGCUGGGUGCCGAGGCGCGCGCGUAAUCGCAAGCGCGAUCGCGUGAUAACAGGAACCGCGAGAGGAGAGAAGGUUGGAGCCGCGCGCGGUGUCGGAGUGCACUUGACGCCGCGCGACGCGCGACGCGCGCGACGACGACGAGGUGGACGUUCCGCGAGUGCGCGCUCGUCUCUCGCGCGCGACGUGCCUCUGUUCGUGUUCAUUUUCUGUGUUCCAACGUUAUUGUAUGAUAUAUACAACAAUACACACUGCCGGAAGCGCGCGCUCGAGCGACCCGCGCGCGAGCAAACUGAUCUGAGUCGCCGCCAUCGGGGGAGGCCGGGAGGCCGGGAGGCGUUGCUCAACGACCACGUCGGGGGAGGAAGGAGGAAGACUGCAGCAACGGAGCAGCGGAGCAGCAACAAUAAUAAGGACGAGAGGGGAACGGAGGAGGCGUGUGUGAACACACUGUCGCAUCGGAGAGGCGGCUGAUACUCGACGACGCGCGUCGUGAUUUAAACCGCCGCCGCCGCCGCCGUCGUCGUCGCCGUCGUCACCGCCGCCGCUGGGCGAUUUAAAUGGGCCGUGAAGGCGUUCCAGCAGGUGCUAUGGGUGGAACCAGGAUUCCCACGGGCCUGCGAGGUUCACCUACGGCUCGGCUUGAUGCUGAAGGUCCACGCUGAGUUCGACGCCGCCUUGAAGCACCUGACCCUCGCUCUGAUCGAUGCCACCACACCUGCCUCCUUCUCCAAGCUCGAGAUCAAGUUCCACAUCGCACACUUAUACGAGGUUCAGAGCAAGUACCGUCUGGCCAGGGAGCAUUACGAAGCCCUACUGAAGGAAAAAGUCAUACCGUUGCAUCUGAAGGCCGACAUCUACCGUCAACUAGGAUGGAUGUAUCACGUGGUUGAGUGCACGGUGCUGGGCAUAAACAGAGCGCAGAAGCAAGCCGCGGCUAUCAUCUGCCUACAGAAGUCCAUAGAGGCCGAACCGAAGAGCGGGCAGAGCCUCUAUCUUUUGGGACGUUGCCUGGCCGCUUCCGGGAAGGUGCACGAUGCGUUUAUCGCAUACAGAAAUUCAGUCGAAAAAUCGGAAGGCAAUGCGGAUACGUGGUGUAGUAUAGGGGUACUAUAUCAGCAGCAGAAUCAGCCUAUGGAUGCAUUGCAAGCUUACAUAUGCGCUGUGCAACUAGACAAAUCCCAUUCAGCUGCUUGGACUAAUCUAGGCAUACUGUACGAAAGUGUUAGCCAACCAAAAGACGCCCUGGCCUGUUACGUUAACGCAUCCAGGGGAAACAGCAAUAUAGCGAAUUGCACGGGCCCAUUCGCGGGUCUGGGUGGCGUUAAGUCCGGUGGCAAUAACCCGAUGAACCCGUCCCUCCAACAGCGCAUCAGCUUUCUGCAAAGUCACCUAAGUCAAGCACCAAUGCCUUCCGUCGCUACCAAGAGGCGGCAAUUGCCGUCAAUCGAAGAGGCAUGGAAUCUGCCGAUUAGUGCAGAAAUGUCCAGCCGGCAGCAGCAGCAACAGCAACAACCCGGCGGACCUUCGUACAAAUAUGGUGCCACACCGACAGGACCGCCUCCGCCUUAUCCUCAAGCUCAGGGACAGAAUGCUAAGCGAUUUAAGACCGACGAAAUGAUAUCGACCGCACCGCAGCAACGGGCACCGCCAUUUUAUCUAUCACAACAACAAUUGCAAAUGCUGCAUUGCCUACAACAGAAUCUCAGUAACCUGUCACCGCAGCAGCACACUGUGCUCGCCCAGUUGCAGCAUCAAUAUCGCGCGAUGCAGCAACACCAACAACAGAUCAGGCUGCAACAACAGCAAGCGGUGCAACGAGGCCUGAGGCCGGGACAGCCUGGUUAUCCUACGGCAUACGGCCAUCCUCAGAACCUCGGUCAAUCGUCGGGUGUCGUCAAGAACUACGGCAUACCACAACAACCGUUGCAGCAAGGAGGUACGGUCGCAUUGCAGACGGGCUUCUCCGACAUCAAUGUCGGCUAUAAUACGGCGGCGACCGGGAACACCACGCAGACACCAGGAAUGCCUUAUAAAUCUGCUUCCGAUCCCACGUAUCCGCCGCAAAGACAACAGAUCACAGGCGGUACCCAGUACGGUGGCCAGUACCAGCAACAGCCGAAUCAGUAUGCUGCUCAGGGUUUCACGCAGGUCACGUCGGCGACCAGUGGCUACUCGGAGAGCUCGACAGUGGUUGCAGCGAAUAAGGACAAUCUGGGUGUAACGGAUCAAGAAUUGCAGGCGCUGCUGUCGCAGAAAGACAUAGCUACGUCGUUGGCGGAAGACCUGCUCAAGCAUUUCGGUUCCGACGAUUUGGAUACCGUCGUGAAAGAGGAACCGUCGAGCGGCGGUGUCAUCAAUGACAACAGCACGUUGAGCUCCGAUCCGUUCUCACCAUCAAAUGCCAAGGAGAAUGCGGAUAAGAUAAAGGAUGUGAAACUGGAAAAGGCGGAAGAGGUGACUUCCCAGACGAAAUCGUCGACGGAUACUGCGACGACGACGGCCAUGACGACAACCGCAACGACUACUGUAACAACGGUGAAGUGUGAGACGACGACGGUGAAGUGCGAGACGACGACGUCAUCGUUAUCCUCUAGCACAACGGUGACGACAGCAGCAAUAAACAAGAGCGAAGCCACUAAUAUUUCCAAGCUAGAACCGAUGAUGAAUCUGAAACUCGAGUCGUUGUGCGAAUCGCAGCCGGAACAGGAGCUGAAGAUUGAAAUGGAUGCCAGGACGGUGAUCGAGGCGUGCAAGGGUCAAGGACUGAAAGGCGUGCCGAAUUGCUCGAUAUUGAGCGAUCGUUCGCCACCGCCGGCGCCACCGGAUCCACCCUCGCAACGAUUGACGAAGGAGCAACUGUUGCCGCCUACUCCGAGCGUUUAUCUAGAGAAUAAGAAGGACGCUUUUAGUCCUCAUCUGCAAGAAUUUUGUUUGAAGCACCCCAUUGCUGUGAUACGUGGCCUCGCAGCAGCGCUCAAACUCGAUCUAGGCCUCUUUUCAACCAAAACUUUGGUCGAAGCGAAUCCGGAUCAUGGUAUUGAGGUGCGCACACAAAUGCAGCAGACUAGCGAGGAGAACUGGGAUCCAACGCUCAAUAAGAAAGUCUGGAACUGCAUUAGUCACCGUAGCCACACGACGAUUGCCAAGUACGCGCAAUAUCAGGCCUCCAGUUUCCAGGAGAGCUUAAGAGAAGAGAAGGUGCAAGGCGGCGUACAUGCUUCCAAUCUGUCAGAUUCGGAUUCGAAGGACAGCACCGGCCAGACGGUCCGACGUAAAAAGAACACUUUUGGUUUAGCCGGUCGACCGGGAACCAAAAUGCUGCGCUUUGGUACCAAUGUGGAUUUGUCGGAUGAAAGAAAGUGGAAACCACAGUUACACGAACUAAUGAAGUUGCCGGCUUUCGCCAGGGUGGUAUCGGCCGGUAACAUGCUCAGCCAUGUGGGCCAUGUGAUCUUAGGAAUGAACACCGUACAAUUGUACAUGAAGGUACCUGGCAGCAGAACGCCUGGACAUCAAGAGAAUAAUAACUUUUGUUCUAUUAAUAUUAAUAUUGGACCGGGCGACUGCGAAUGGUUCGCGGUACCAGACGCGUAUUGGGGCGUAAUAUGCUCGCUUUGCGAGCGUAAUGGCAUCAGUUACCUGCACGGUAGCUGGUGGCCAAAUCUAGACGAUUUGUAUGAAGAGAAUAUUCCAGUGUACAGGUUCCAUCAGCGACCUGGCGAUCUAGUAUGGGUGAAUGCGGGUUGUGUGCACUGGGUACAGGCGGUUGGCUGGUGCAAUAAUAUUGCAUGGAACGUUGGCCCUCUCACUGCCAGACAGUAUCAGCUCGCGAUCGAGCGCUAUGAAUGGAACAAGCUGCAAGCAUUCAAAUCGAUUGUGCCAAUGGUGCAUCUAUCGUGGAACUUGGCGCGUAAUAUUAAAGUGUCAGAUCCACGAUUAUUUGAGCUGAUCAAGAACUGCCUUCUACGAACGAUGAGGCAGUGUUGUUUAAUACUGGAAUUUGUGAAGAGCAAGGACGUAGAAGUGCGCUUUCACGGUCGCGGCAAGAACGAAGCCUCGCAUUACUGCGGCCAAUGCGAGAUCGAGGUGUUCAACAUUCUAUUUAUCCGCGAACAGGAAAAACGUCACGUAGUGCAUUGCAUGGAUUGCGCGCGUAAACAAUCUCCUUCGUUAGAGGGAUUCGUCUGUCUGGAGGAAUAUCGUAUGCGUGACUUGAUGGACGUUUAUGACGGAUUCACUUUGUACAUGCCACCGUUGGCCACUGCCACCAGCACCGCUAUCACCACCUCCUCCACCAUCUCAUCAUCAUUGUCGACAGUGCCGACAAUGUCGACGACGUUACAGACACAAACGGGCCAGUCCUCCUGAGGUUACAUGCAACACAUAUAUUUGGACUUCCUGAGCACGCUGCAACAAUAGUGAUCACUACCAUCCGGGAAAUGCGAAUUCUUCCCGGAUGGUAAUGAUCGUUACUGCUAGUGUUUAGUCCUUGUGUGUCAACGCGAGACGAGAAGACAUUUCGUACGAUAAGCAUUAUCCAUGUACCUGAGAGCUACGCGAAAAGAGGCGGGACCGGCUCCUUAAGAGCUCCUCGUAGGCAACCGUCCGCAAAUAUGCCGGAUAAAAUCGACUAAAAGCAUGGUAGUAAUUUCUCUCGAAAUAUCCGAUCUUAGGGAAAAAAUAUAUCAAGGAUUAUUAGAUUUUAAAGGUGCAUUUUCUACUGCGAAUUUGUUUUAGUCCAAGAAUGUGCUCUGUUAAAUACUUCUUUUUUUCCCUAAUAACAAUAUUUUCAGAGACAAUACAUCAUGUUCUAUCUUAUCAUGUAUAUGUAUAUAUGUAUAUAUAUAUAUGUGUGUAUAUGUAUACUUAUUUUUAUCUCAAUUUGUGUACGGCAGCCUUUUGAGUACGCGCUUUAAUCUGCACCCAACUAUUCAAAUUCACUGUUAGGAAUGUGAUUAUUGCGACAGAGCUUCGUGAGCCGAUCUCAAGGAAAAAGGGAGAGACUAAAUGUAAAAGAGAUCCUCUCGGUAGACCGAUUCGUGCUGCUUGUGGCUCGCUCGUUCGCUCGUUAGUUAGCCCUGUUUGUACAAAUCUUACUCGCUUAUCUAUAAAAAAAUAUCACCGCCGGUCGCCAGAUUAUUCCUUGUAAAUACACGACGGCGACCACGAUUUUUCUUUUUAUAUAGCUCUCGGGUAUUGGCUAGAGAAGACUGUCUCUAAUUAUUAAAUGACGUAAUAGCUUAAUGAUCGGCCCGUGGCAUCGUCAUGCGAUCGUUCCUAUUUUAGCUCGCUCGACAUUUUUUUUUACCAGAUUCGACCAAGUUUUCUUUAUCAUCGUUUAUUUAUUAUUGUAAUUAAUCAUCACUGUGAUUUGUGAUUUAGAAAUUGGAUAUAUUUCUAGAAACUGCUGCUCAAGAGCAAUAUGUUUCUCUUUUCAUCGUGCUAAUCUAAUGUUUGAAUCUUUGUUUAAAUUUUUUCUGUUCUUCAUCCUCUUCGCGAUUAGUCCAAAGUGUAAGACUAUGCGUAAGACGUUCUCACUGCCAUUUAAGAAACCGCUGAGAUAAAGUGAGAGAUUUGCCCUUUAUCGUAUAUUUAAGGAUCAUGUAAAAGAGAGAUUGCCCACACCAUUGAUUAAUCGUUGUUAAAAAAAAAAAAAUACGUGUAAAGGCAUAUUACUGCCGUGCGUGGCACUGCUCAAAUUAUUUGUACAUUUUUGUAUGCAAACAUAUAUUAUGAGAUCAGGACUAAAAAAAAUUAGAGUGUCUCUAGAGUGUAGCGUGAUCUCUACUGCCAAUCAUGCAUGUUAUUUCCUGUUAAAUGAAACGAUCAAUUAUUAAAAUUUAAGCGUUGGAUGAGAUUAAAGCCCCGAGGGUGGGUGCGGGCAUGGAAAAUUAAUAUCUAGGACGAUAUCGGUUGUUUGUCCAAAUUUAUAAAUAUAGAAAUUAAAAUUAAAGUAGACGUAAAAAGUCUAGUAAAACGAACUUUGGGGAAUGGAAAUACGGCGGAUGUAAGAGAUCUAUGAGAUGUCUAUGUCUCGAGAUUAAAAGUGAAAUCUUAAAUUUCAUCCAAUUGUAGUUUCUCAAGUGUGAAGUACUUUCCAUGAGACGUACAAUAUUUUUAUUUCUUGUACAAAUUAUAUUUCUGCGAUAAGGGGUUGACGUGUGUAUGCGCGCACUGUGAUUUUUGUUAGCAAAAUUCUCGAGCUCUAGCGAAAAAAAAAGAAACGCGGAAGUUGCGCGUCGCUCGCAGGGCGAUGAUACGCGGCAAUGAAAAAAUAUGGGCGAGAUAAGAUUUCUGAAAAGGGGAGAAAAUAGAGACACAUCGUAGAAGAAAAAGAGAGCUUCUUGUUCAUCAGGUUAACCGUAUUUUAAGACAACAAAUGUACCUUCACUCACAGUCUCGUCAAUUGAUCACGGCGUUCACAGCCGACGUAACGUGCCAGAGUUACGCUUAUUGUACCGCCACCAUUGUAUAUUAGCUCGAUUCGAGGAACAUGAGGAUUAAAAAUGGUAUCUUUUUGCCAUUGUUAAACUAAUACAGAACGCAAUCAGCGGAGACGGAAUAAUUGAAACAUCUCAUCUGUCACUGCAGCUACAGAGCGAAAAAAGUCGCAUUACUGCGAUUACUUGCAAGUGUUCCUUUAAUAAAAACGGAUUCACUUUUAAUUCUCAACUCCUCGACCCCCGUCCCGAGCGAACUGCGCGCGAGAAGGAGGGGGAGAAGAAGAAAGAAGAAAAAAGUAGUUAGCUCUUUGCACCACUUUGCGAAAGGAUCAUCCGUAAAAGAAGCGAUGUAUUUUUGAAUAUCUAGAAGCGCUAGUUCCACCGAGUCAGUAGUUUCGAGGAAUAAAACGAGAGGGAAAAGGAGGAUCGCCGCGUUCUCCUUUUAUUUUCUACACGGUUGUACUCUAGACAAGUCAUAAAUGCCCUUAACGUUCGCCGGAUCAAUGUAUCGACGCCUACUGUUAACUUCAAUUGUACUCUCUGGCGAAAAAUUGUCUGAGAAGUAUUUCUGGCCUGUUAGCUCUAGAUAAGAUCAAUAGGGCAUGAGUGCUUAAGACAGUCAUUUAACAUUUGCUAUCAAUUCAAAGUAAUAUCAGAUAAUUGGUAAAAGAAAAAUAUAUAAGAUAGCUAGUCUUAUCGUGUGACAAAAUGUUCAAUUAGACCCAUUUCAUGACUGAUUGAUCUUUCGUACUCAAAGAACAAAUUUCAAAGGACAAAUUUCAGUACAGGUAGAGGAGGAUAUCUGAAAAAUUCCCAAAGGAGUUGUAACAAAAUUCCCCGAGAGAUUAAUUAGAAGUCAUAACUUCCGGGAGCUUCCAAAAAAUAAAUUACGGGUCGCAUUUCCAUCUAAAAAGAUCUCUACCUGCGGCAAGAUUGAAGAAAGAAAUUUUUGUACGUCUCUCCAAUGCUCGAUUCUAUCUGUCCAGGAGCGUUUUAAAGAAAUAUGGAAAUCUUUCUUCAUUAUAUACCAAUAGCUAUGCAGCUCCUGUUUUUUUCCAUUCGCUCAGGUGUGCGGAGAAGUUACAAAGCAAGCUACAAAAAUCUCAAUUCCCAAUGGGAUGUCGGAACAUAUUCUUUUUAAAAGAAAUGAUCUAUGCGGAUAAUCUAGCAAAUAUAUUCAAGAGAUUUGUAAACGCCUGAUUUCUAACAAGAUUUCAGCGAAUGUUGAGGCAUUUAUGGCAUAAUUGACGUACAGUAACAAGAACCACGCGCGACGCUUCGGGACGAAAUAGUAGAGAAAAAGAAAAAUAGAAUAUACGAGCCGCGUGAAGAUGGUAGGACCCACGAUAGCACACCUUCGUCAGGGGGAUGUGAACAGCUUUGUUUCCCGUACAUUUUAAAUUGUACACACAAGCACGCUAUAUGAUCUCAACUCACGAUGCCGGCGGAGAGAGAAGUGAUCAAUAUAUUAUUUUUCCGUCGGCAGCCGCAAGUUCCGAACUGAUUUGACACCUAUCGAUUAAUGCUACUUCGUAAAUUAUAUAUAUAUUAUAUAUAUAUAUAUACACAUAUUAUAAAUAUAUAAAUAUAUAAAUAUAUAUAUUUAAUGUAAAGGGUAAGGAUAAUAGGCAAAUUCACAAGUAGAGAGCUCGCGCGAGCUUUUCUUCGUAACUAGAGGAGCGAGACUGGUCGUUUGUGCCACGAUCGCGAAUCGUGGGCGCGUUUGUUCGAUAUUUUCGUAAAUUAAAACGGUGAAUCAUGUAUAUGUAAACGCGAGAAAACAUACGUGUUACGCGAUUCUGAUCCUUCCAGUUCGAAAACGAGCCUCUCAAUCGCAAUCCCCUUUGUAAAAGCGCCGGAUAGAGUUCCCGCUCACGUGCGAGUACACCCCUCUUCUUGUAUGUAGAAAUUGAAUGGGGAAUUUUCGAAGGGAAGGCAUUUUCAGACGUGUACAAACGAGUUUGAACGUUCUCGAUAAACGCGCACACAAAGGUAAAGACGAUCGUUAAUCCUUUACGGACCACAAUGCAGCCUCAAUAUGAGCGCACACUCACAAGGAACUGAUCCGGGCAUUCCUUUUGAAUAAAUCUCGUCCGUGGAGGAUUAAGUCGGUCGGAGGGGGAGGGGGGCAAAGGAGAAAAAGAGUGUAUAAGGGCAUAUUUUCGCUAUAAACUACUACUAUUACUAUUAUUAUUACUGCUACUACUAUUACUUCUAAUUUAAGUUGUACACCUUACGAAAAAAAUUGAGCAGACCAGACGAGAACUUAUUUUUGGUCCGUGAAAUGAUAUAGCGAGUAUAAUAUUUUUCUCAUCAAUCCAACCGUAUGUACGUGUACAUAUAUAUACGGACAUAAAUCUGUAUAAAAGAGCCAUAUAGCGUUUAUUAUACAUAUAUAUAUAUAGCGAGCCGUUGUAGCUAGCAAUCGUAUAUAUAUAUAUAUAUAUAUAUAUAUGUGUGUAUAGCUUUUUGGAAAAGGGACACGGCUGAGCACACUACGUCGCUGUAAGCUAUGUAUUUCUUAUGAGAGAACAACAACGUGAAAACGUUCACUGCCAAAUUGUGAUAAACGUGAGAGAUCCCACCUUUAAGCCAGGAGCGUUUUCUUGACUUCUGAUCGCAUUGACCAAUCGUUUUCGCGCCCCAUCCGCCCCUCUGUUUUCCACAAUCUCCUCCACUACGAGAGUUUACCCUCCGUGUAAUAAAUAAAUAAAUAAAUAAAUAAAUAAAUAAAUAAAUAAUAAAUAGUUACCGCGCAUCCAAUCCGAUCAUAGUCAUCUAUUUUUCCUUAAAUAAAGCUAGACUAAUCUAGACGAGGAGAGGAACGAAGAAGUUAGUCUCGACCAAUGCAGCUAGAAACGAAGGAAACCGCUCCCCUAUUUUAAGCGCCACGAUUUAAGGCCGUAUUUUAAAGCGACAGACAGAUAUUGUAGAUCAAAGCGAUAUUUUUAAAUGGGGCACGUUUUACCUGUCGGAAGAGAAAGAGGUAGUGAAAAGAGGCGAGAGAUAAAAGAUGAGGAAGAAAGCAUCAUUCGGACCGCCUUUUUAGCGCUCUUCUAAUUGUAUGUUCAUUACGUGUACAGUGCCUUUGUAUCUUAAAUAAAACAAGUCCCCCCUUCGUCUCUCGGAGAAAGCAAUCGUCUUGCGACUCGAGCAAAAUUUUCCGAGCAUUCUCCACAUAAAAUUAUAUCUAUUGGCUCUUACAAUUAGUUAAGGAAAGUCGUGAUCGAUGUAAAUUGAAUUAUAAUUGUUUUUACUUUUUGAAGAUUGAUCUUUUGAAUUCUAUUGUAAAUUAAAACGAAUAUAUUUAAAAUAGGAAUUGGCAAAAUUUAAGGGAAAAAAUGAUUAUUAAAUAUAAAUUUGUUAAUAGAUUUAAUAUUUUAAUAUAUUUUUUUAUAAUUUUAUUUCUCGAAAAAAAAGAGAAACAAAAUUAUGAACGGAUCAAGAAGAUAUCAUUUUUUCUUUUUAAUAUUGUGUUCAAUUUUUUGUCUAAAUUUGUAAUAAAAUGUAAUUGACAUAAUUUAUCUUUGAAAUUCUUCUUUAGAGGAUGUGAAAUUUUGCUGAUGAUCGGUUAAUGGCAAGCGAAACAGAUGCGUGAUCUGAGGGAAAGGGAGGCACGCGGUCCUUCCUACGUGUCGUGACGUUCUUCUGACUAGGUUCAUAAUUGUAAUGAAUUGUCUAAUGAUUAAUAUGUAAAAUUAGAUUAAUUAUUCGAGUAUGUUGUAAAAGUCGUGUACAGUUCAAGCCCGAUCGAAUCGGUCGGGAAGGUGCGGUGGCCCCUUGAGAUCGCGCGGUGGCCACCUUGUAGCUAGCCUUAUUAUGAUUAUCAUUAUUGCCAUUAUUAUCAUGGAUUAUUAUUACGAUUAUAAAUAUUGUGUUUACCGUAAUAAUGUGUAAUAUACGAGGUUACACUGAAC